AUGUCUUCCUUCAGCUACGAGCCUCUCGCCUCGCCAGACGAAAUCCGCGUCUUGGAUUUACUGCCCGGGCCGGGUCCAAUAUCAUGCCGAAUCAGGAAUGUUCGACUGUCUGACAAGCCACACUAUGAGGCAUUGUCUUACUGCUGGGGUACAGCAACCGGGCAGAAAAAUAUCUCUGUCAACGGGCAUGACUUUCCUGUUGGACCAAACCUCUACUCGGCUUUGAAGAAUCUGAGAGAGGCUAGUCAGUCCCGUUGCAUGUGGAUUGAUGCGGUAUGCAUCAACCAGACGGACAAUAACGAAAAGAACGUCCAGGUUCCUCUCAUGCGGGAGAUUUAUGAGACAUGUCAAAGAGCUGUUAUAUGGCUAGGGCCGUCGAACUUCCUGACUAGGAGAGCGCUUCGUGUGCUCAAGGUUCUUUUGGAAUACUCCCAUGCAUGGCCUCUUGGAUUUACCAGGGUUUCGGUGGAUUGCUGGAGACAUGCAGAGCAUAACCUCGGUCAAACCACUGGACGAACAGCAGCGAGCGACAGAAGACUCGAUGAGAACUGGUUCUGGGACAGAAUCUAUGAUGCCUUGGCAUUUGAGUAUCUCUGGAAGAGGCAGUGGUUCUCUCGCGUGUGGAUCUUGCAAGAGGCAACCGUUUCCCCGGAUGCCAUCGUCAAGUGUGGUGAAGACGAAAUCAGCUGGUCGCACCUCACUGAUUACUGGAGUUGGAACUCCAAGGCCGAUAUUAUUCCAACUCAUGCUGAAGCACCUUUCGUUAAUCGGGUUUCUUGGAAGAGGGAUCUUGCUAUGGAUCUAUUUAUUGCGUUUGCGCUGAACGAGGCUUCCUCGGCGACCAAUCCUCGGGACAAGAUCUAUGGAGUCCUUGCCUUUGUUAGAAAAAGGGACUAUAUCGACAUUACUGUGGACUAUUCCAAAGACGCUGCCGAUGUUUAUCUCGAUUUUACGACUGCGGUUCUGAAAGCACGGCCUGAUCUCGGUGUUCUUGUCCGGAGUCGCGGCGUUCGACCCAACUCAAAGACCAAUCUUCCGUCAUGGUCACUCGAUUGGGAACAUGACCAGAUGCAACAGUGGUGGUCCUGGACCUACUCUGGACAUAACCACAGGGCCAGCAUCCCCAGUCCGGCUCGUGCCACCAAAGAUUCCAAGGCAGAGGUCGAGUUUAUCGAGAACGACAAGGUUCUGGGACUUCUGGGAGCAGAGGUGGAUGAAGUUGUGGCCGUGGGAUUCGGCAUGCCUGAUGCUGAUGAGUGGGCUUGGACACAAACGUUUCGAGCCUAUAUCACCUGGCGUGAAGUUGCUCAGCUCGACUCCCCGGGUGUCUACGAACCCACGGGGCAGCCUCGACGCGAGAUGUUCUGGAGAACAAUGAAGUGGUUCACUUUGUACAACCCUGUUCGUGUGGAAGACGAGAAUGCACAGUUUGACGCCUUUGACAACCGUGUUGUCAUGCUAACAAGCUUUCUUCCUAAGCGAUUGUUUGGCAAUCAAGUUGGAGCUGCCCUCCUCACCUUAUGGGACACACUUCUUUCUAUAGGAGCGACCGUUAGAUUCUACACCACAGACCCGUCCUGGCUGUUUGACGCUUCUGCUGGAUGGGGGAGAGUCAUGUUCAGGACAUCAAGUGGUUACGUGGGUCUUGGGCCGCCUAACCUCAAGCCUGGGGACAAGAUCUUUCUGGUUAAUGGCUGCAAGGCACCAAUGGCCUUUAGACCUUCUGGGAAGCGGUGGAAGGUGGUUGGUGAGACGUAUGUUCAUGGCAUCAUGUCUGGGGAGGCAUUUGAUAGCAGCAAGUGUGAGAGGAUGUGGGUAGAGUGA